AUGAUCUCCACUGAUGACCUGGAGUAUCCUCGCGAGUACCGGACGUUGGGGAACGCCCGGAGGUUCUCAAAUGUGGGCCUGGUGCACACAUCGGAGCACCGGCACACGGUCACCGCCGCCCAGAGCCUGGAGGCCCUCACCAACCUCCACAAGGCCGACAUGGAGCGCAAACGGGAUGCCUUCAUGGACCACCUCAAGAGCAAGUACCAACAGCAACAACAGCAGCUGCAGCACCACAGCCCCCACCACACCCCGCCCUCGCCCUCCCCGUCCCACGGCAGCAUGAGCCGGUCAGCAGAGCGAGCAGCAAGAGAAGCCCGGGAACAGCAACAGCCCAACUACUGGAGUUUUAAGCAGAGCCGCAGUCCCAGGCACUCCCAGUCCACUCAGUCUGGUCUCGCAGACCAGGCCGCCAAGCUCUCCUUCGCCUCGGCCGAGUCCCUGGAGACCAUGUCUGAGGCGGACGUCCCCAUCGGAUUCAACCGCAUGAACCGAUUCCGCCAGAGCCUGCCGCUGUCCCGCUCCGCCAGCCAGAAUAAACUCCGCUCGCCAGGGGUUCUCUUCCUCCAAUACGGCGACGAAACGAGGCGCGUGCACAUCACCCACGAGCUGACCAGCAUGGACACCCUCCACGCCCUCAUCGUGCACAUGUUCCCACAGAAGCUAACCGCGGGCAUGCUAAAGUCGCCCAACACCGCCAUCCUGAUUAAAGACGAGGCGCGGAAUGUGUUCUACGAGCUAGAGGACGUGAGGGACAUCCAGGACCGGAGCAUCAUCAAGAUUUACCGCAAGGAGCCCAUCUACGCCUCCUACCCUGCCGCGCCUCACCUGGCCAAUGGGGACUUGAGGAGAGAGAUGGUGUACUCGUCUCGGGACUCCUCUCCGACGCGGCGCCUCAACACGCUGCCCUCCUCUGGCUCUGCAUCCAGCUCUCCCUCACGCUCGCGGCUCUCCUACAGCGGAGGCCGGCCCCCAGCCAUCGCGGGAUCCCAGCACGACCAGCCAAGACACCCGCACCACGGCUCGCCCUCGCACGGCCCCAACACCGGUCUCACGCCCUCCCCGAGCGCCAUCUUGGAGCGCCGCGACGUCAAACCUGAUGAAGAGGUUUCGGCUAAAAACAUGGCGCUAAUGAAGAAUGAAAGCCUGUACGCAGAUCCCUACAGUUUGAUGCAUGAGGGUCGGCUUAGCAUCGCUUCUACGCAGUCGCUAGCAGCCAUAGGCGACCCAUUUAGCUUUCCGGUGACGAGCGGUUUGUAUCGGCGCGGUUCCGUGCGCUCUCUAAGCACAUACUCGGCCGCUGCUUUGCAAGGAGAGCUCGAUGACCCGCUGUACAAGCCCGGAAGUUCAAUCUACGACACAUACUCCUCGGCCACGUUGGGUAUGGGCUUUCGUAUGCCGCCCUCGUCCCCACAGAAGAUCUCUGAGUUGCGGGACAGGGACUACUCCAGCACCCCGCGGGCUUCACCUGUCAGACAGUCGUUCCGCAAAGACUCGUCCUCCUCAGUGUUUGUGGAUAGUCCCAAAUCCAGGCCGAGCUCCGGUUCAGAGCCGUUGUGUUUGACAGCGGGGCCAGGGGACAGCGGCCGGGCCACCCCAGGCUUCGGAUCACUGUCCACACAGGAUGGAGACACCAGCAGGGACCAUCGUUUGGAGAGAAUGGAAGCCAUGGAGAAGCAGAUCGCCAGUUUGACCGGCCUGGUACAGAGUGUGCUGACCAGAGCGCCCGACAGUGACAGCACGUGCGGCCUGCUGCGUCUCUGCAUGAUGGCGGGCUGCCCUCCGGACCAAGGGACGGACUUCUCACGGACAUUACCUUUUUCUUCCAGCGAGAAGACCGAAACCAACAGCGACGGCUCGGCUACAGGAACUGGACGACAUAAGCUCAAAGGCCACACCCCCUCGGCCCCCCUGGCUCUGAUGCCGCCUCCGCCCACAAACUCGCUGCACGUGAACAGUGUGGCUCGACUGCAGAUGAAGCUCCACCUCCACGGGCUGCAGCAGAACGCCACCGACCUCCGCAAACAGCUCUCACAGCUGCGCAAGAUGCAGCUUGAGAACCAGGACUCGAUCCGAACGUUGCUGAAGCGAACGGAGACGGAGCUGAACGUGCGCGUGGCUGAUGCGCUCAGGAAACAGGAGGACCCCCUGCAGAGACAGCGCCUCCUGGUGGAAGAGGAGAGACUUAAGUAUCUGAACGAAGAGGAGCUGAUCAUCCAGCAGCUUCAUGACCUGGAGAAGUCUGUGGAGGAGAUUCAGAAGGACUCGUUGGUGAACCACAAACUGGUGACGGUGCAGGAGCUGGAGGAGAAGACGGCUCUUCUGAGGAAGCUGGGAGAAACACUCUCCGAUCUGAAGAAUCAGUUCCCAGGUCUUCAAAGUAAGAUGCGAGUCGUCCUCCGGGUGGAAGUGGAGGCUGUUAAGUUUCUCAAAGAGGAACCGCAUCGACUCGACGCUUUGUUAAAACGCUGCAAGACAAUUACCGACACACUCAACGCCAUGCGCAAGCAAGCGAAAGACGGGGUGUGGAAAAAGCCGGAAGACUUCUCUAACCCAAAGCACAACGAGGAUUUGCGUAAGUUUUCGGACUUCGACCUCCCGACCAGCACCCCCCUCGCCAUCACCGACCUGAGCAGCGGAAACAGCCUCUGCAACUGGAGCCCCGCCUCCAGCCUCAGCCGCUCCGCCCACAAAGACAAUCAUCCCCCCAUCAGCCACAAGGGGAAGGCCCUGGACGAGCUGGAGCGCAGGGCGGCUGCAGACAAGGCGCUGUCCGUGGAGGUUCGACUGGCGGCAGAACGGGACUGGGAGGAGAAGCGAGCCAGUCUGACCCAGUACAGCGCACAGGACAUCAACCGUCUGCUGGAGGAGACCCAGGCCGAGCUCAUGAAGGCCAUCCCAGACCUGGAUUGUCUGGCCGCCAAACAGAGCAAACCAUCCAGCAACAACAGCCCUGUGCCCAUCUCCCAGAGCUCUCACUCCCUCCACAACUCCCAGAACUCCCAGCACUCCCAACACUCCCAGUCAGGAUCAGCCACCCUGGAUCACCGCUCAACCAAACCCCAACACAAGCUCACGGGCAGAGAGGGAGGCUCCAGGCGUGGCUCAGAUGAGCUGACAGUGCCUCGCUAUCGCACAGAGAAACCGUCCAAGUCUCCGCCUCCUCCCCCUCCGAGACGCAGCUUCCCCUCGUCCCCUUCCCCAGGCCUGACGAGCCGCAGCGGAGAGCCUUUAGUGCCCGGAAAACCCGUAAAGAAGUCAGAGUCAGAGGAGAACGAUGGACCAAAGCCUCACACAAAACUGAGGAGGACCGUGUCUGAAAACCCGCGUCCCGCCUCCACACCGCCCACCCUGGCCUCAGACCGGGACGACCGCGACAACGACAAAACUACGUCUGAACUGGAGGGAAGGCGCAUGUCGGCUGUCCCCCAGAUUGUGUUGACAGAGUGUUCACCCAUCCCCUUAAUGGAUCCUGCCCACAGUUUAGAUAGUUACUCAAAAUCAUCUCAGCGUCCAACCUCUGCGUUCAAGCAAUCAUCCACAAACGCCGGAGACUUCGUCGUACCUGAAAAAGAGGAGAAACAGCUGGUUUUGCUCUUGACAGACAGCGACGUCAGAGUGCUCACUUCUCUUGAUAUGGAGGAGCUCGAAAGGCCAACAAAAGAUUCCAUGCACACCAUCGACAUCUCUCAGAGAACGACCGAAUUGUCCAGUCAAGAGGUUCUAGGCAAGCUACCGUGUAAAGUGGUUUUCCAAAAAGAGAAAACCGCCAAAGAUGCUUACACACGACUACAUAGCCUUCUGGUUUCAACUAGACCACUACCCAAGCCGAGAACAAAGUCUUCAGCCUGUUUGAGUCCACUGGAGAGUCUAACAGAGGGUCUAAAGCGUGGUGGCGAAACUGGAGAGAGGUUCCUUCAGCUUAAACGCAACAAUGGGUCCUCUGCAUCUACGGACGCUCAAAAUGUCUGCCGGACCACUUAUAAGCGGCUGGACAGUCUAGAGGAGACCAUACGCGAGCUGGAGAAUACUCUGAUCGAAAUCGGCGGCCAUUCUACAGUCACCCAGCUUUACUACGGCUCCACGGCUAUUAGCGAUCCAGGACAGACCUACUCUACUGAGACCAAGAAGCCUCCGGUCCCACCCAAGCCGACAUCUUUGAACCAUCAAGCAUCAAUCCAGGGAGCGAAUGGCACCGGUGCUAAACUCAGCCACUCCUCGGCCACGUCCAAACUCAAACACCUGCAGCAGAACAGCACAGACAAGAGCAAGAAACGAGACGAGAUACAAAAAGUCCAGCAGGCUUUGGGCUCCCACAGCAGCAGCGCCACGGUUGACCUCUCUAGCGUGAAAUCAGGCGUCUUCUCUGGACGUUCAGCCACCCUCCCGAGCCUAAAGGGGUCCCCCGAUGGUCCGGUGAUAUCUCCCAGCCAAGCAAAGGCCCUCCUCGCCAGUUUAUCGUCUUCGGGCUUGACGGCGGAGGCCCUUCUGCUCUCCUCCACGCUACGCCAACACCGCAGCCUUCUUCGGGAGCAGCGGGCCUCGUCUCUGGGUCUGUCCUCCUCCUCCUCGCCGCCGUCGUCCUCCCCCUCCCCGACGUCGGCCACCCCUUCCCUCUCCCCCUCCUCCCCCACCGCCUCCUCUCUGGACCACAAGCCAAGCAGUCGCCUUGACAGAUUCGACUUCAGCGGGAGAAGUGGCAGGGAAACCGUGACAAAGGACCUCAGCUCCGGCGAGAAAUAA